AAGCUACACAGAAAUACAUGACAAUAUCUAUUUAGUUACAAAUGAUUUGCACAAAAUCAUAAUGAAUAUAGACUUUAAGUCGUUAUUUAAUUCAGCACAAGAGUCAGUUCUAGACAGUUGUCACAAUUCAGCCAUGCCGUGUUCUAACUUUGUCAUCCAGACACAAGUAGUUAGUGCGGAAGCCACUUCGGCGAUAUCGUUAACUAUAUUUCUGAGAAAUAAUCCAAGUAUCUGGUCGAAUAAAGCAGUAUUAUAUAUAGAACAGCGUUUUCAAAAUGACACCGCAUUUCCAUCGUUGUUGGAAAGAUGAUAUUGCAGCUGGGAGCUCGUGAAAGGUGAUAUUGUGGCGCAGACAAUAGUUAGUUUACCAUUCUAUGUAGCGCACGUUAUCUAACUAGUGAGGUUCAAAGGGCUGUUUUGUGGAGCGGGAUGGGUGUGGCGUCUUCAGUAUUGUGUUUUUAACGAUGGAUGUGCGUAGUCGAAAACAAAAUAUAAUGGACUUAAAAGCCCCUCGUGGACGUUGAACUGAAUUUUGGAAAAUGCCUCACUGUUGACGCAUCCUAAGGUAAGGUAAGGUAAGGAUAGCUGUUUCCGGGUCGUUUGGCUCAUGGUAGGCUAUUGUGGGUCAAAUACUUUUAAAAAGUUGAAACAGUGGAUAAGAAGUCUAUUGGUUAAAAGUACCGAAGUCGUUUUUCCUCGCAAAAACAAGAAAUUACGUUGUCAAGUGUACUCUUUUGCAAUAUUAAGAUUAUGAAAAUAGGAAUUGUUUCGCUACUUAGUAACCUUUCCCUCAGUGUUGUGUAAAAUCGGUUUAACAUUUUUCCUCAGAGAUCUUGCUGUUUUUUUCUUUAUUCCAGCCGCCCUCUUAGAAUAUAUAUAUAUUAUUUUUGUUGUUAUCUUAUGUAACGAUUGCAAGCAGAUCCAAAUGCAUGUUUGGCAAUAGGCAAAGUUUUACGGCUUGAUCUUUAGCCUACUUAGUAUUUAAAGUUAUUGAUUGUUAUCUGCUGUCACAAUCAGUAAUAAUGUUGUAAUGACACAGAAGACUCUGGACCCUCAAACUCUCGCACGCACGCGCUCACAGGCACACGCACUCACUCACCUAUUCUCCUUAUCUCUCUCGUUCUCUUGUCCUUUGUUUAGUCUCCUUAUCAUGGACAUCCAGGUUGUGUUUACAGCCUUGGAGGCAGUGUGCAAUGAAAACAUCACUGUUUUGUCUGGGCCUCCUGACCUGCCUUAUGGUGACGCUGCUAGGCGUUUGGUGACAUCUUUUAGACAGAUUCAGGAGCAUAGUCACACCCUGGAACCUGUAGUUCUUGGCUUCACCACUGUCUACCAUCACUACGAUUUUGAUGCACAUACCCCUGGAAAUGGUUACCGCACACUGGUCAAGGUGUUGCGGUCCUGCCUCAUCCACAUCAUCCACAAAGGACGCUACAUCUCCAGCAAGUGCCGCGGCACCUUCUUCAGGGCGGAGCACAACGCCUCCGAGAUGGAGGCCUACUGCAGCGCCCUGUGCCAGCUGCGUGCCCUCCUCUACCUGGCCCAGCGGCUGCUACACGACAACAGCCACGGGGAGCUGUACUCCCUGCAGGACAGCGUCCUGAGCAGGAGGUUCGUGCAGGAGUACACGUCCAUGCACAAGGCCUGCUUCUACGGUCGCUGCCUGGGAUUCCAGUUUUCAACCACGCUUCGUCCAUUCCUGCAGACUGUAGUUAUAAGCAUGGUCUCAUAUGGAGAGAGUUAUGGAAAACAGCAGUCUGGAAUAGGUAUGGCAGCUUUCUCUCUCCUCACAUCUGGGAAGUAUGUGAUUGAUCCAGAGCUGAGGGGGGAGGAGUUUGAGCGGAUAACCCAGAACCUCGAUCUGCAGUUCUGGAAGUCCUUCUGGAACCUCACGGAAUCUGGGCUGAUAUCGGGUUUUCAGAGAAUGGGCGCUAACCAAGUGCAAGUAAACCUCACCCUGACCAUACCUCCUCUGCCUCUAAGCCUGCCUCUGGCCUCAGACCCUAGCCUCUCUGCCUCCGUAUCCCCUCCUCUGGCUCACACUGGCCCUGGGCCUGUCCACAUGCGCCUCAUUUCCUGUGACCUCAGAGAGGGACAGGACAGUGAUGAGCUACUGGCCUUCUCUCGAUCGGAAGCUCCGCCCCUCUCCUUGUCCAUCAUCAACAGGCCCCAGAAAAGCCCACGAUCACCCUGGCUACUCAUUCACUUCCACGGGGGAGGCUUUGUGGCCCAGACCUCCAGAUCCCAUGAGAACUAUCUGAGAAGCUGGUCGAAGGAUCUGUGCUGUCCCAUCCUGUCAGUGGACUAUUCUCUGGCCCCUGAGGCUCCCUUUCCCAGGGCUCUGGAGGAGUGCUUCUAUGCCUACUGCUGGGCACUCAAGAACUGUCACCUUCUGGGCUCCACAGCGGAGCGAGUGUGUUUGGCUGGGGACAGUGCUGGGGGAAACCUCUGCAUCACCGUGUCUAUGAGGGCCCUGGCCUGCGGAGUGCGUGUGCCUGAUGGCAUCAUGACUGCCUACCCCGCUACCCUGCUCACCAUCGAUGCCUCGCCAUCCCGCCUGCUCACCCUCAUCGAUCCUCUGCUGCCUUUAGGCGUGCUUUCCAAGUGCCUCAAUGCCUAUGCAGGAAAUGAACGUCAGACUAUCCGCGCUUCGUCAGGGGUUAACUCCCUGAGUGCUCUGGGCAGAGACACAGCGCUGCUUUUCAACGACCUCAAACAAGGAGCCUCCAGCUGGCUCCAGUCUUUCCUGGACCCCAACUGGACCUUGGGCAGCCCAGGGACCCCGCCGUCUUCCCCCAGAAGGACCCCGCAAAGCUCACCACGCUCCCCCUGCAACUCCUCCUCCCCCGCCCACUACCCGGCGGGUCCCAGAGACUACCCAGAAGGCUUCGAGCCCCUGCGGUCCGAACAGCUUGCAAUGAUCAGCACGUCCAACUGCCCCGUCGUUAAGAAUCCGUUUGUGUCGCCGCUGCUGGCCCCUGACGACUUAUUGAGAGGCCUUCCACCUGUACACAUCGUGGCGUCAGCCCUGGAUGCCUUGCUGGAUGACUCGGUGAUGUUUGCCAAGAAGCUGAAGACCAUUGGCCAACCCGUGAGCCUGACAGUGGUGGAGGACCUCCCACAUGGCUUCCUCAGCCUAUCACAGCUCUCCAAGGAGACACAGGAAGCCUCUGACAUCUGCGUGGCUAAAAUCCGAGAGGUGUUCAAGGCACACUUCUCAUCUUUUCGCAAACAACCUCAUUUAGGAUGGACCAAUCACACGCCCGGAUCAUCGAACGGAGGGACCAAUCAGGAUGAAGGUUUUUGUCACGGCGGGAACCCUAAUAAAACAUAGACGAUUAUAUACGUAACCUCUUUUGGCACAUUUAGUCUGUCGUGGAAUCCAUCACUUAAGUUUACUUACUCUGAGUUAUAAGCAGUGAGGUUGUUUUAUCAGUCGUUGAUACGACAGGAAAUGUAAUUGACAUUUGAGCCUCUGAACACAACAUUUCCGUGAAACUAUUGAGUAAGUAACUUGAGAGUCAAAGUAGUAGGGUUUUCAGGGUGUAUUUAGUACAUGGAAAGAAAAAGAAGAAUUAAGAAGACUUGAGGAAAAAGUUUACUUUAAGGUGACUGGAAGUAAAUGUGUCUGUGUCAGGGCUGUACUCUUGAUGCAAAGGAAUAAUUUAGGUCACUUAACUAUCCACUACAUCUCACAAAGUUUAACCACAAAGGCUUUUGUAUAAGUGCAAAGACACAAGCACAAAAGCAAUACAUUACCAUGUCCAGCCAUUGUAUUAAUGUGUGAGCUGUUGUGCCUUCAACUUGUUUCUACAGUAGAUGAGCCGUAUUGCACAAACCCUUCCAUAUGGAGGCAUAGAAAGCUUCUCACAAUUUUGUCUGUACGAAGAUAGGAGUUAUCAAGCUUAUAUCAAGCUAACAACACACACAUACUUUAGGUUAGACAUGAGCUGCUGUUAUUUCAAGUGUUUAUGGCCUAACACUGUUCACAAAAGUUAUGCUCACCAGCUACUGUAAAUGUGAGUUCUGAAUAUGUUUUUGAAUGUAAAGAAAAUUAUAUUGGUUACACAUCUGU